AUGGUUAAUAAUCUAAACCUCAUCAAAAAUCAAAAAACAAAUGAUGAGCUCAUUACCUAUAAAACUAAUACAGAACGUUUUAUGAUAGAUUACAUUUUUAUGCAAUCUUUAUUAAUUUCAGACCUCAUCAAUCAAGUAGUAGAAAAAGUUGAUAACGAUUUGUCAGAUCAUGCUAUCAUAUAUGCAACUAUUUCUUUAGCAUCUAUCAAUCCAUCAUUUACUCAAUGUGCUGCAAUAAAAAGCUGGUCUACUGAUAUGACAAAAUGUCUGAUGACGACUG